ACCACCCCCACCCCAAAACUCCCCUUUCUUUUUAGAGAGAAAAAUAGAAAGAGAGAGAAAGAAAGGGGAGGAGAGAGAAACAAAUUGGGGUCACCAACAAACAACACAACACAAAAACACAGCAGAAAGAAAAAAAAAACCCCAAAAAAUACAAAAAAAAAAAAAAAAAGUUAAAAAUGGGUAAGAUAGUGGAGAAGAAGACGAAGAAGAAGAAAGGUCGUCCUUCUCUCUUAGAUCUUCAAAAACGUUCAUUAAAGCAGCAACAAGAACAACAACAACUUCAGAAGCAAAAACAAUUUCGAAAUAAAACUAAAAAUCCCAAAAUUCAAAACCCUAGCCCUAAUUCUUCCGCCGGAAUUCGUCGAUCCACUCGCCGGAACCCUAACCCUAAUUCCGACGCCGACGAAGAAUGCUCUACUGGUAAGAGGAGAGAGAAAAAACUUAAUCUUGUUCUUAAAUUACCCAAUGAAGAAGAUGAGGAACUUCAAAGGGAUAAUUCUGGGUCUCAAUCUUGUCCGGAUGAUGAUGAGGUUUCGGGUUCGAAUCUUAGGAAGCGCAAAAUUGACUCUAUUUCUCGUGGAUCUGCCGUACAGGAAAAUGAUAAGGGUGAAAAGCACAGUGCUGUUGUAACAAAGCAGGAGAGCACUCAACAAGGUUCUAAGCUUGAUGAUGAUGGACACUCAACCCCUUUACCUGAUAAAAGUUUGUUGCUUUUUAUACUUGAUAGACUUCAAAAGAAGGACACUUAUGGAGUUUUUGCUGACCCCGUAGACCCAGAAGAGCUUCCGGACUACCAUGAAGUCAUUGGAAACCCAAUGGAUUUUGGUACUGUAAGGAAGAAACUUACAAAUAAUGCUUAUGCUGUCCUGGAAGAAUUCGAGAAAGAUAUUUUCUUAAUCUGUUCCAAUGCAAUGCAGUACAAUGCUCCAGAUACCAUCUACUUUCGGCAGGCACGUUCGAUACAAGAGUUGGCUAUGAGAAAUUUCGAGAACCUACGGGCAGAGAGUGAUGAUAAUGAACCAGAACCGGAACCCAAGGUGGUAAGGAGGGGAAGACCGCCAACGAAGAAUUUGAAGAGACCACCAGGUAGACCUCCACUAGAGAGGGCUAACUCUGACUUUCCUGAAGCAACUGUUGCUACUGCUGCUGGUGGAACUACAAAUCGAUCUAACAAUGAGGUGAGAAAAGCAUCUCAUCUAGAAAAGUAUGGAUCAACUGACUCGUUUGCACGGUCCUUAUAUGGCUCUCGAUAUGGUGAGGCUUAUGUUGGCUGGUCAGCUGAGAGAUAUGAGAGAGCUGAUGAAUUGACAGGUUCUGCUUCUAAGGGGAUUUCAAUGAAGCAUGGUAAGAAACAUAUCGUGCUUGAUGAAACUAGGCGCAAUACGUACAAGGAUUCCUUCACAUUAGCUUACGGACAGGAACCAUCAGUAUUGACUACCUUUGAUAGAGAGAGAAAGCAGCUAAUUGCUGUGGGGCUUCAUACAGAGUAUGGUUAUGCGAGGAGUUUGGCAAGAUUUGCUGCUAAAAUUGGACCUGUUGCGUGGAAAGUUGCAUCAAAGAAGAUUGAGAGAUGCUUACCUGCCAUUGUCAAGUUUGGCCCAGGAUGGGUAGGAGAAAAUGAAGCUCCAGCAGAAAGGCCGUUGCAGCAACAGUCACCUGCUCCCAUUGGUGAGCAAACACCACCAUCCUCGUUGCCUGUUGCAGAGACAGCUUCUGUUCCUACUCAAGAUGAUGUAGAUUCAAGUGGUGAUGAGUCAGCGCAUAAGCCACAAGGGGAGCAAUUGUCCGAGACACAUGAAGCGUGUGUUAGGUCAAACUUAAAUGAGGAGUCGAGCAAAGCCCUUUCUCCCCCAGCUGAUGGUAAUGAUGCCACCACUUCAGUUUCCCCUUCCAUCUUACCUAGCAAUGGUUCUGUUCCCGACUUGAUUACUCCUGAAGCUAAUCCAAGUUCACAAUCGAGCACAGCAGGCAACAUAUUAAAUAAUGGCACUGGUUCAAUAAGACCGGGAAACCCAUAUCAGAUUCAUCAAACUUCAGCUAUGCAAUCCCGUAUUAAUGGUCUUAACGGUAGUUAUGGGCUUAAUUUUGCAGCCCAGAUGGGGAAAAUGAUUGGGGCCGGGAGGCCUGCAAUGUUCAACCUGCAGUCCGAUCCAUCAAUUAUGACAGUGUCCAAAACUGAGGCACAAAGUCCUAGGUCUCCGGCCACCGACAAUAAUGGCUGUGGAGAAGCUAAGUUAGGAAAUUCUAGUACAAUUAAACCUAUAGAUUGUUUGCCAAACAGUGGGCCGAAUCAGACCAUUGGGUCCACACCUCCUGACCUAAAUGUUGGAUUCCAGUCACCGGGAUCCCCAGUUUCUGGGAAGGCUGAUUCAGUGCAGCCAGAUCUAGCAUUGCAGCUGUAGUAAUCAGGUAAUUUUUUUCCUUUUUCCAUUAACACCGGUGUACGGGUUUGAGAUUCUUGCUCCCAUUGAGUAGAGUGGAGAGGGAGUUGUCUCUCCUCAUUACGGAGCGAUUGAGUUGAAGCCAUAUCUAACUGUAUUCUUAGAUCGAGUAGUUGUUCGUGUACAGAUUUGUGUAUGAAAAUUCAUAGGUUAGUAAGUGAAGAGGAGUCAGUCUCAUGUAACAUUAAUUGGAAGCUGUGAUGUAGCCUAGAAUUUGUUUAUGUCAAGAUAAUAUAAAUGUUAUACAUAAAAAAGAUUGUUGUUAUAAUUGAAAAAUAACACGGAAGAGAUUAGCCUUGAUGUGUCUUUCAA